AUGCACACCUAUGCGAAUGAAAAUAUCAGAGAUAUUCGAAGAUAUUUUGGUGCCAAUGUAGGGAAAAGUGCUCUUACGGAACUAAGAGCUAGUCAAGGUAGUCCCAAAAGAACAGAUGGACGGUCUCAGAUUGCACGCGAGAAGCCAAGUAAGAAGCCAUUGACAGCUGAUAUAAUGCUAUCCGAUGCGUCUGAUGAUGAAAACCCAUUGCCGCGUUUUCUACGUAAAGAGUUGCACAAGAAGCGAGCGAAGAAAAGGAUCCUAUUGUCAUCUGAUGAUGAUGAUGAUCUGCCACCCUCAGUUUCGCAAGUACGGCCACCUAAAAGAGGAGAAAAAAUUACUUUGAAAGAAGUGGAGAGCAAAUCAACGGAAAGUUUGUUGAAGCGGACAUCACAUACUGCUAGCGAUGAGGAACUUGAUAAAAGGGAAGACAUGGAUGGUUUCGUUCCUGCACCGCCAACAAAAAAGAAACGUAGGAGAACUCCAUCGAAUCAAGAGAAGCUGGAUUUUAGUCGCCUUGAUGCUAUUAGAAAGAAGGAUUCGCAAAAAAAGACAAAGACAAAUCUUGCUCCUGAAUUAGAGGCGAUUAAUCCGGCCGAAUUUUUCCGCAAUUUCGGCAGAAUUUCCACAGAAAGGAAAAAGGGCACAGAACAAAGUGGCAGUGCAAUCAGGAAAACAAACUCGUCUGAAAAAAAUGUCCAAGUUACAAUUUCACCACAAACCUCGCCAAGGAAAUCGAAGCGCGAAACAGCUUCAGAAAACAAAAAGGGAAGAAAAACGGUCGGCUUAAAUGAUGAGAAUUGUAAAUCAUCUCAACCAUCAACACGAUCAAGUAAAACGAAAAAAUCACCAGAAUCAGCUUCUGUUAAGUCGACAACAGUAAAGAAGGGUAUCGCCAUCUUGAAAAAGGAAGGCCAGAUGGAAGUAACGAAAAAACGGAAGGAGAAUCAUGAGAUAGGGAGAAAGGUCGAUAUAAAUGAUGGCACCGAUAAAACAAUGACAACCGACAUUAUCAGAGAAAAAGAAGUACCGAGAAGCGGAAAAAAUACCAGGAAGCCGGAGCAAAAAUCGUCGAAAGUAACGAAAGCCUUAGACAGAGAAACAUCGAUGCUUGAUGAGUUAGCGAAGACUAAAAGUUCUGCUCGAGAAGAAGCGUACUUGCCAUGGGUUGACAAAUACAAACCGAGCAAUAUAAAACACUUAAUUGGACAAAACGGAGAAAAAUCGCCUAUGAAUAAAUUGCUGGGUUGGCUCCGAAAUUGGGCAAAGAAUCACUUGGGUGUGAGCGGUAAGCAGAAAAAGGCACGACCUCCUCCUUGGUUAGCGCAGAGUGAUGGCACAGCUUUCAAAGCGGUGAUGCUUAGCGGUCCACCUGGUGUUGGUAAAACGACAUGCGCUAUAUUGGCUUGUAAAGAACUUAAGUUGCGAUACGUGGAGAAAAAUGCGUCAGAUGUGAGGAAUAAAAAAGUAUUGGAGGCACAAACAUCGGAAGUAAUCGGCUGUGAACAAAUAGACCAUUAUGUAAAGGGAUCAAUCACACGUGAAAUGAAUACGUCUAGCGAGAUAACACAUGUGCUGAUUAUGGAUGAAGUGGAUGGUAUGAGUGGAAAUGAUGACCGAGCAGGGAUUGGUGAAUUAAUACAAAUGAUCAAGGAAACAUUAAUACCAAUAAUUUGUAUAUGUAAUGAUCGGCAAUCGCAAAAGAUGCGUUCAUUAGUGAAUUAUUGUUUUGACGUGCGCUUCCAGCGACCACGUGCUGAACAAAUCAGGGCAAGAUUGCUUACCAUCGCAUGCCAAGAACGUUUGAAAGUUGACAAGGAAACGAUUGAUGAAAUAAUCGAAGCUUCGCAGCAUGAUGUUCGUCAAUCAAUUUAUAAUUUACAUCUAUUAUGCUUAGGUAAAAAUGGAGUGGAAAUGCAGAGCAAAGAUGCUGCUAUUAAUCCUUUCGAAGCAGCUCGUCGUCUUUUAAAUGUCGAUACAGAAAUGUGGGAGAAACAGCGGAUGUUUUUCGUUGAUCCUUCAAUUAUGCCACUUUUUGUGCAGGAGAAUUAUCCAUUUGUUCAGAGCUCAAAAAUGAGUACUAGUGAACGAUUAUGUGCAUUGAGAAAGGCUGCGAACAGUAUCUCAGAGGGUGAUAUAAUCGAUCGAAUUAUUCGAACAACAGGUGCAUGGACUCUGCUUAAUGAACAAGCAUUGUUUUCAUCUGUGGCACCAACUUCCUAUAUGAAUGGUCAUAUGAAGGGAGUGAUUAAUUUCCCUUCGUGGUUGGGGAAGAAUUCGACGUUCAUCAGGCGUCAGCGAUUAUUACGCCAGCUAGCAACUCACACUUAUCUAAGAACAUUUGCUGCCGUAUUCCCUAUGGUACUUGAUUAUGUUCCUGUUCUACGACACAAUUACUGCCGUCCAUUGUUGGAUAAAGAGAAUGACGGUGUGAAUGAUGUUAUGAAUCUGUACAAGGAGUACAAUUUAGUCAGAGAUGAUAUCGAGUCAGUUGCUGAAUUGGCUGUUUGGCCGGGUUUGACGGAUCCAGGUGCUGCCAUUCCGAUAAGGGUCAAAGCAGCUCUAACACGAACCUUAAAUAAGGAACAUAUUAUUUUACCAUAUGCAAUGGAUAAUUUAAUAAAGGGACGAAAGAAAUUAGGAGGAGGCUUAGAUUUGAAUCUCGAAGUAGAUGAGGAAGGUAAUUUAAUCGAGCAAAUUGGUGAUGAAAAUGAUUUGGAAGACUCUGGUGGAGAAAGCAAUAAUGAUGAUACUUUUGCUGGAGUCAUACUGAAAAAAGGCAAUUCUGCCAAUGAAAAUAAAAAAACACGUGGUGGGAAAGUUGAACAUGUUGAUGGCCGUGGAGCACGUGCUGUCCGCCGAGCUACUGGGAGAGGUCGAGGUAAUAAGAAGUGA